UUCAAGUAUGUCUCAAGUGCGAAUAAUAUAAGUCUUCCUUAGAUCAUUAUACAACAAUUAUAUUUGGACGCUGAACUGUGCACACAUAUGUUGGCGACAUUAUGUAUACUGAUCCAUGCAGAAAAGAAUUUGAGCCGCGGCAUGACAAAACCAACAUAAUGGGUUUGCGACCAGCAUGGAUCCAGACCAUAUUACAAGUAGAGUAACUGAUCGCGAACAGCAUGGAUCCUGAUAAGACUGCGCAGAUGCAAUCCUUUUCUGCCCUUUACUGAUGUGUGUGCAUAUAUCGUGUGAUGUUAAAUAUAAAAGAAUAUUUUCAAAUCACAAAUCAUGUCGACAAGUGUAGACAGAUCCAAACCAGUAAUUCCACCAAAGCCUAAAGAAAUAUUAAACAAGGCUACAAAGUCUAUACAAGAAAACUCUUUGAUAAAACAAAAUGCCGACAGUAAUGUCCUGAAAAAACGUCCAAAAGUACCUCCAAAACCAGUAUUGAAAUGUACAUUGGAUAAAACAACUGCCGUCACUGGCUCCAAAUGUUUACACUCACCAGCAACAGAUGGAAGUGUUAAAAAACGCCCAUCAGUACCACCAAAACCAACACUUAAGCUUAAAACUGAUAGUAAAGAUGAUGAAGCAAACUUCACCAAUUUACAGGAAGAUGCUAAGAAAAACGAAAGUGUACCAGGACCUUCAAAACCGGUGCUUGGAUCAAUUGUGUCAGAACAGAUUACAGACUGGACUGCAAGUCAGGGUGAAAUCUGCGAAAUUUUAGACGACAGAAAAAAGGAAUUUUGGGUUGCGAGAAAAGGUGAUGGAAAAAUAGGUCAGAUUCCUUCGAGGUUUGUCAGUAGUAAACCAGAGCUUGACAUGAAUCCUUGGUUUUAUAAGGAUGUUACAUCACAGCAUUGUGAAUACAUUCUCAGCGAGGUGGGAAUAGAUGGAUGCUUUAUUGUACAUAAAGCAGAUUAUUCACCUUACGUGUUAUUGUUAUUCAGCGAAGAUAGCACUGGUGGACAAGUGUAUCGGUACCCUAUCAACCUGAAAAAUAAAUACUUUUUUUUGAAUCCACAAACACUGUUUGUGUCAAUUCCUGAUCUCAUACGCUACCAUUAUAAACGAGCCGGCUGUUUACGUACAUUUUUGAAAUGUCCACCAUCAUUGAAGUAUAAGGUAACCCAGGACUUUCCUCUUUCAGAUAAACUGGAGGUCGAGCAAAAUGACUUGGAGGUUUUUUUAAAAAUUGGUCCAGGAAGAUUUGGUGUUAUACAUAGAUGUAAAUUUGGAAGGAGAGAAAUAGCAGUUGAAAUUGUUGAUAACAUUCAUAGUUUUCCUGAAGAUAUGUUGAUGGAGGCCAGGAUUAUGUCUCAUUUAAAUCAUCCAAAUUUGGUACAGUUAUAUGGCAUAGUUUCCAAAUCUUUACCGUUUAUGAAAAUAACAGAGUUCAUGCAGAAUGGAAACUUAUACAGUUUUCUUAAAGCAAAUAGACUCGGUCUUUUACUUGAUUGUGAAGUCUUAACAGAUAUGUGUCGUCAGGUUUGUCGAGGGAUGGAAUAUUUACAUAACCAAGGAUAUAUUCUUCGUAACUUAUCAGCAAAAAAUUGCUCGGUAGGCAAGAAUGGGAUCGUAAAAGUUUCAGAUUUUGCUAGGGCGAGGUUUUUAGGAAAAGGAGAAACUAUAACCUUUAAUGCCAUACAGGUUCCAUGGGCACCACCCGAAGUUUAUCUGUCUAGAAAAGGAGAUAUCAAGUCAGAUAUCUGGUCUUUUGGUGUUUUAAUGUGGGAAAUAUUUGCGUGUGGUGAUGUGCCUUUCAUAUAUGAAUGUAACCAUGCUAACAGAAAGUACAAAAGUGUAAAGAUUUUCCGACCUCCAAAACCGACUUCAUGUCCUAAUGACAUAGACAUGUUAAUGUUGCGGUGCUGGGAAUCGGAACCUUCUAAAAGACCUACAUUCAAGGAUUUGAAGACUCAUCUUGAAGAAUGUUACUUGAAGAUACAGGAUGAUGAAGACGUUUCAGACUCCCAACAACUUGCUGAAUUAGGAUUUGAUCCCGUAGACAAACAACUUUUUAUGCAUGCAUUGAAAGAAGGAAACGAAUCAGAUAACUUCAUCAGGGUUAUGAUUGUUGGAAAUUUUAACCAGGGUAAAACAAGCCUAACAAGAAGGCUUUUAGAGCUUCCGAUGGAAAACAUUGAGAGUACAGAUGGUAUAGAUAUUCAUGCAGCAAAUUGUGAAGACAAUGUUACAUGGAAAACCACUGGCUCCCAUGCUGCUGAGAUAAAAGGUGCACGUCGAUUAGCAAACAUUAUAAUACAAAGCAUAAAAACAAAUAAUAAUACUGAAACACUGGACGAUGUCAAUGAACAGGAAGACAGUAUGAUGCUACGAGGAGAAUGCAAUGAUGCUGAUGAUAAAGAUGCUGAAUCAUUUGAAAAUGAUGAUACAUGUAAUUCUCUUGACGAAAUAGUAAAUCAAUGCGGUAUUCUAGAAGCAGGUUCAGACAAAGACUUUUCUGAAACAUCUUUUUCAGAGACAUCCUCGGAGGACAACAGUGAAAUAGAGGAAUGUUUCACAUCCGGUUCAGACGUAUCUGAAGACAAAGCAAUCACAAACGAGCCAGACGUACACAUAAAAGCAGUAGAUUUGCUUUCAGAAUUUACAGAAAAACUAAAAGAUGAAAACUAUUAUGCAUCAAACAUAAACGACAAUAGUAUUAACUUCAAUAUUUGGGACUUUGGAGGACAGUUCAUAUAUUAUGCCACUCACCAGAUUUUUCAUUCAAGAGACGCAAUAUAUCUUUUAGUUUUUGACCUAACGAAGGACCUUGAUAGCAUAGUAGAGGAUGAAGACUUUCCAGACAGAAAGUUUAAUAUGAAGACAUGCUUGAAAUUUUGGAUCAUGUCAGUGCACGCUUUUGUCGGAACAAAGGACGGCAAGGAACCAAAAAUAAUACUUGUAGGGACACACAAGGCUGAUUGCAUCAGCAAAAGUGAUAUUGAAAAGAAGUUUGACGAUGUAUAUGAUCUCUUUAUAAAAUCAAAAGCUAGAAAUCACAUCUACAGGAUGCCAUUUGCUAUCGAAAACACAGAUCCAAACGACCCCGGUAUUACUGAAUUAAAGACAGCACUAUUCGAAAUAGGAUCAGAAAAAGCUAAAGCCAGCAAGGUUCCUGCAAAAUGGAUUCAAUUAGAAGAGGCAUUAAAAGGAAACAAAGAAAAUAGAAAGAUUUUGAAAUAUGAGGAUGUUCAAAACAUAGACAAGUCUACAGAUUUGCCUAUCAAUGAUGAGGGUCAGUUAAAGCUUUUCCUAAAAUAUCACCAUGCAAAAGGAACAAUUGUGUACUUUGAUGAGGAAAAUCUUCGGGAAUUUGUCGUUAUUGAUCCGCAAUUUUUGGUGGAUGCUUUUAAAUGUAUCAUUACAUCUAAACGAUUUUGUAAGUGGAGAUCAGAUAUACAUGAGUUAUGGGAAAAGUUGAUAGAAACAGCAGUUCUAGACAAAUAUCUGUUGAACAGCAUUUGGGAGCAUGAUGACAAAAACCGUUUUAUGGAACAUAGAGAUAUUCUGUUGGCUUUUUUGCAAAGACAUCGAAUAUUGGCUGAGAUGCAGGUAAUUGAUGAGAUUACUUGUGAUGCAAGAGGCACGGGGAAAUACAUUGUACCAAGUCUUUUGAAAAGUCAGGGUGAUCAAUCAAUUCUGAAGAAAUGUGUAGAAGGGAAAAAUUAUUCAUUAGUCAUACUUGGUCUUUCAUUGGAGGAUACAACGAUUAUCAAAACUGUAUUUGAAAGAACUAUUGCAGCAGCUCUCGAGAGAUGGCCGCCAAUAGAGAUAGAUGGCAUAUCGUUGGUAUUUCAGAGUACUUCUUUCUACCUACUUGAUCUUCAACAUGCAGGUAUCAUUGCAUAUUCUACUGAAAGGGGAAUUGAGUUAGCAGUAGUCAAUCAAUGCCCUCCAGCAAAUGUUGAAAGUGCGGUUUGUGACCGUUUCCGUAGAUUCGUAGAAACUGUCGUUUCAAACGAGUUCCGGCGUCACAACUGCAGCAGAAACGAUAUUCCUUUUACUUAUUACCUGAAGUGCAACCAUGCCGCUCAUAAAUGUCAAGGAAGUAAAAAUGUUCAUUAUGGAUUAGAGAACAUCAAAAAGAAAUAUCGUGUAUGCUGCCCAGAUAAUUCAAACCAUGCAAUAAUUACGAAGAAUGCAUUAGCAGAAUGGUUUCAAGAUGGAACUAUUAUUAAUAACGAAAAAGGCCUUCAAAAGAUAGUCACGGAAAAGGACUUGACGAAAGUUGCCCAAACCAUCGGUCAGAAUUGGGAGCUAUUAGGACCCAUGUUAGGUGUCAGCAAAGUAGAUGUUGAACGAAUAAAAAUGGACCAUAAGCAUUGUACAGAGACAGCUAUUUUUUACAUGUUGCACAAAUGGAAUAUGCAAUGCCCUGAUCAAAAUACCAUGGGCGAUUUGAUAAAUACAAUGAAAGAAUGUGAGGCACUCUCAGUGGAUUGGGAUAAAGUCAACAACAUAUUGGACGGGUUCUUCAUGCAAUAAAGGUGAAGCAGUAAAAAAGCGUUUUCAACAACAACCCAGCUCUAUAAAUAAUAAAGUGCCCCGGAUUAAAGUAAAAACAAAUUAUCAUUUAUUGUCCAUUGAACCAUGUGAAAUUGAACAAAGAGUAAUACUGAACCUCUGAACAUAAAGUUUUUUUGUUGGUUACUUGUGUGAUUUAUACUUUACACAUAAUACGCAUUUGUGUGUCUAAAAUGUCAAGCGAAUAGACUUCUUAAUGUUUUUUAAAUGAUAUGUUAUUCGGAAAGGUUCUUUGUGUUAUAAACUUACACGUGCUUAUACGGCAAUUCUACGGACGAUUUUUGAACAUGUGAAACUGAACAAAGAGUAAUAAUGAACCUCUACCACUACAAACAAAGUUUUUUUGUUGGUUACUUGUGUGAUUUAUACUUUACACAUAAUACGCAUUUGUGUCUCAAAUGUCAAGCGAAUAGACAUCUUGAUGUAUUUUAAAUGAUAUGUUAUUCGGAAAGGUUCUUUUUGUUAUAAACUUACACGUGCUUAUACGGCAAUUCUACGGACGAUUUUUGAACAUGUGAAACUGAACAAAGAGUAAUAAUGAACCUCUACCACUACAAACAAAGUUUUUUGUUGGUUACGUGUGUAAUUUAUACUUUACACAUAAUGCGUAUUUGUGUGAAUGUCAAGCGAAUAGACUUCUUGAUAUAGUUUCAAUAUGUUAUUCGGAAAGUUCUUUGUGUUAUCAACUUACACGUGCUUAUACGGCAAUUCUACGGAUGUUGACUCUGAUUAGUUAAGGCUAAUAACAAUAUACAAUUAUGUGCUAUGACACAAAUACUGUAGAUUUUACUUUUGUUACAGAUACAAGAACGCUUUUCAAUGAAAUGAUUCAAGUACAUUUAUUUACGUAAAUUAUUUAUGACUUUUUGUUUUGUUCUUUUUGUGAUUUUUAUUAUCUAAAUCUCGAUUUCAUUGUUUGAUAUACUAGUACAUGUACAUGUUUGGAAUGAUCCAAAAGUUUUUGUUAUGAUUCAACUUAUCAUAACUUGUCUUAUUUGAUUGAUAUUAUAAACAAUUAUUAUUUUAUUUAUAUUAAGUUACAAUAUUAAUUAUUCAACUAUUGAAAGACUUCAUGACUACUUUUUUGUAAACCCUAUGUAAGUCGUGUUUUACGUGAUUAAUAAUUUUAUAAAAUUAAGGUGUUUAAAAUACGUGCAUUCUUUGCUUUACUUUUUAUAUCCUAGUAUAUUAUCAUGACAGAACGGUCAUUAGAAAAAAUCCCAGAGUAAGCCUAAGAAACAGACCGUUUUAAUUAUAGAAUAGAUCGUUGAAACACAACGCUAAAUUUUUUGUUUGUUCAUCGACCAAUAUGUAUCAAUGUACAUGUAUGUAUAACGUUAGACUACAAAAUAUGAAUAUAUGGUCUAAUCUGGGUGAGUUAGAGCUCAUAUUUCCAAGAAUUUUACCUGUGACUAAUACAUUAUUAUAAAGGGUAUUGAAACAGAGGAAUGCUUGUCAUUCAUUACCAAAUUUAUAACUACAAUGUUGUUUAUACAUAUAACCAUUUUUUACACCUGUUGAGUAACUUGUAAAUAGAUUGAAACUAUACAUCAAUACAUUUUCACCUAGCGGUCGAUUAUCUUUGACUAUCAGUGUUGUUUAUACAUAUUAUCAUUGUGUCACAAGUCGAAAAGCUUUUUAAACGACCAUCAAUUUUGUUUAUACAUAAAAACAUUGUGACACCUAUCAAGUAGCUUUUUAAACGACCAUCAAUAUUGUUUAUACAUAUAAUCAUGGUGUCACAUGUAGCUUUUUAAAGGAUGGAAAUCACAUAUCGUCGAAUAGAUUUUUAAAAGAUAGCUAUUGUGACAUCUUAUUGUUUGAAUUAUUGUAAGUAAAUACUAUCUUUUUCACAUUUUUAAAAAAGCUGUAACUUGACAGCGUUGAUUUUGUUAAUAGUUGUAUUUGUUUCGGAAAUAUUAUUGUAAACUUGCAAAAAUAAUCACAAACUAAAACCUUUAGUAUACAAGGUAUUAUAAUAUAUAAACUAAAAAAAAAUAUUUACUCAUUAACAAAUAUUUUGCUUUUUUCAUGAGAAAUUAGAAAUACCAUAAAUUAAUAUAAAAAAAAACAACAUAAUAUGAUUCUUUAUGUAGAAAUCACUCUCUACAUGCUCUAUGUAAUGCUUUAUAUUUAAUACAAGUGUCAAUUCAAAUAUUGAUUUAAAAGUCCUAUAAUUUUCUUCUUAGACUUUUUGUUUUCCAAUACACCAAGAAGCAAAUUUUUGCAGACAACUCAGUAAAAUACAAGGCGUCACAUUUUGAUUUUCAAUGUCUUUUUAAUUUCAGUUUUUCCCAUGAACGUUGAAAAAAAAGUCUUACAAAUUGUUUCUCAGUCUUUUCGCUCCUUUUUUAUUUUUCAUUGAGAAGUAAUUUCGGACAAUGAAAAUAUUGAGCUUGAACUGAAAUUACUAAAAUUAACUUUUUUAUCCUGUCUAGUGCUAUGUAAGCUAGGAUAAGGCGCCUAAAUAACUGAAAAUAUGUAUACCAUAUCCUAAAUGUAAAAACAGUUUGUUUUAGUUAAUUCGUUCUGAAAAUCGUGUUAAGUUGAAUUUUUGUGUACAUGUACAUUUAAAAUGUUUUUGUUGUUUUAGUUUGCCUUUGAAAAUGUUUUUUUUUUGUAUUCAUUACCUCCUUGUUUUAGUUCUGCAAUCAAACGAUUUGUCUUACUGAAAAUAUAUGAGUGAAUUAAAAAUGUUAUUUCUUAAUUGCAGUGGCCUACAAGGUAUAAAGAAAAAGCUGCAUAUAUUUCAAUACAUAGAAGAUACAAAAUGAGAUAUUUACUGUCUUCAAGACACACGUUUUCUACACAGUCAAUUUAAGACCAGUCAUACUCAGUGGAAUGCGGAAUGUUUUUUUUUAAGUUGUUCAUCUUUAAAUUCUAGGGGAGUUGCAAUAUGUUUCUCAAAGUCACUAGAUUACAAUAUACAUAAAGAUGAAGUUGAUUAGUUUGGAAAUCAUGUCAUACUGGACUUAUCUGUUGGAGAAAUAAUAUUUACUUUAGUAUCGUUUUAUGGACCGAACUCAGACAAUCCGUCCUUUUAUGAGAACAUUUUCAAUGUCGUUGAGAAUAUAAGAAAUGACUCGUAUUGCAUUUGUGGUGAUUUUAAUUUGGUGCAAAAUCCUGAUUUUGAUUAUAACUACAAAAAUUAACAUAAUAAAAAUGCAAGAUCAACUUUUUUGAAAGACAUUAAUUAAAAAGUUUAACAGAUCUUUUAGGGAGCUCCAACCUGAUGAAAAGCAAUAUACUUGUCGAAAGGCAAACCCACUGCAACA